CAGGUCGUCAAAGUGUCAACAUGAGUAGGUCCUACUAUUGACCUGAUAUUCAUCUAACCCAGGUCCUGAAGCUGAGCAUCCUCUGGAUAAUUCUGAGACAUCUCACCUUUUCCAUCCACCUCAUUCCUUCUGCAUGUUGCGCAAGCAUGCUCAUCAAGAUGCUGAGUUUCCUUGUGCUCAUCUUUUCACUCUGCGGUGCUGAUAGCAUAUGCCCACCAGAGCACAACCUUCUUAUUCUGGAGCCACCUGAGAUUAUAGCAGAAUAUGGGGGGAGUCCUGUCAUUGUAAACUGCACCACAGCAUUGAAUGAACAUGACGGGAUGUACUGGACAGUUGGAAAUGAAAUCUUUCAGAUGGAAGAUGAAGAAUUGUUUGUCUCCCACUCAGUGCCAGUGUCAGACUGGAAUGUGAAGCCCAAGUGCAAAAUAAAGCUACAUGAGUCUCUUGAAUGCAGCAAGGACCUUGAAGUUAUUGUAUUCAAAGCUCCAGAAAUGGUGUCAGUUACUGAAUUGGAUAAUGCUCAAACAGCAAGGGGGACAGCAUAUAAAAAUUACCCACAUACACAACACAAACUGCAGUGUGACAUCAUAAAUGUUGCUCCUGUUCAAUAUCUCACUGUUAGCUGGUACAAAAGCAAUGAAAGGAUCCACACCCAAUUUUUCAAUGACACAACAACCAAAACUCCAGUAAAUGAGUCUUCGAUUCUGAAAAUAAACAUCAGCAGAGAAGAAAAUGUAGCUGAGUUCAGAUGUGAAGCUGGGCUGGACUUUGGACCACAAGGACCAAAACUUUAUGUCAAUUCUCAAACACACAGAGUUUCAGCCCACUAUGCUCCGGAAAAAAACACAAAGAAUAGUACUCAAGACAUUUUUCUGCUUGAGGGCACUAAUAUCACCUUGAGCUGUGAAGCUGUUGGAAACCCUCCUCCUGUGUAUAACUGGACUUGUGAUGGGAAAAAUAUGUUGGAGAACACAAACAGUCUCAAUAUCACCCGAGUAAAGCACCACGCAACUUGCACCUGCACAGCUACCAAUUAUCUGGGAAACAUAACCCACACAAUCAAUGUUCAUGUGAAAAAAAGAGCAGGUUGCCCACUAACACUGACACCUUCUGAAACUGUGGUGACAUUUGGAGAUCCAGUUUCAGUCAGCUGCAGCACAUCAGCCACAGAUGUUGAAGGAAUGGGCUGGGAGGCUCCAUUUGGAGGAACAGGAUUUGAGCCUCCUCCUGUUGUCACUUGGAGGGUUGAAAAACUAGAAGAGUGGACUCCAAGUCCUUUCUGCUAUGCUACCUUGGUUGAUGGAUCCCAGUGUACUGUGAGUCCAGUCAUCACUGUUUAUAAAAUACCAGACACUGUGUCAAUUUAUCCAAUGAAUCAAAGCCAAAUGAUGGAGAAACAUGUGCAUUACAAUAAGCACACAAGGACACAGUACUGGCUGCAGUGUGACAGCAUAAAUGUUGCUCCUGUUCAGUUCCUCACUGUUAACUGGUACAAAAACAAUGAAAGCAUCAUGGCAAUGUCUUUCAAUGACACAACAACCAAAACUCCAGUAAAUGAGUCCUCGAUUCUGAAAGUAAACAUAAGCAGAGAAGAAAAUGUAGCUGAGUUCAGAUGUGAAGCUGAGCUGGACUUUGGACCACAUGGACCAAAACUUUAUGUCGGUUCUCAAACACACAAUGUUUCAGCCCACUACGCUCCGGAGCUAAAGACACAAAUUAGUACUGAUGUCACUUAUGCACUUGAGGGCACUAAUAUCACAUUGAGCUGUGAAGCUAUUGGAAACCCUCCUCCUGUGUAUAACUGGACUUGUGAUGGGGAAAAUAUGUUGGAGAACACAAACAGUCUCAAUAUUACUCGAGUCAAUCGCAAUAAAACCUGCACCUGCACAGCUACCAAUUAUCUGGGAAACAUAACCAAGACAAUCCAUCUUCAUGUUGAACCAAGAGGUUGCCCCCUAAAAGUGAACCCUUCUGAAAUUGUUGUGACAUUUGGAGAUCCAGUUUCAGUCAACUGCAGCACAUCAGCCAGGUAUGUCACUGGAAUGGGCUGGGAGGCUCCAUUUGGAGGAACAGGAUUCAAACCUCCUCCUGUUGUCACUUGGAGGGUUGAUAAACUGGAAGAGUGGACUCCAAGUCCUUUCUGCUAUGCUACUCUGGCUGAUGGAUCCCGGUGCACUUCCCAUCCAGUCAUCAUUGUUUAUAAAACUCCAGACUUUGUGUCAGUCCCUGACAUGGCUCGUGGUCCAAUGGUGGAGGGCAUAGGGUACAAUUUGAAAUGUGAUAUCUACAAUGUUGCUCCUGUUCAAAAUCUCAUAGUGAAGUGGUACAGAGGCAAUGAAACUGUGCUCACACAGACAUUUAAUGGAUCUGCUCUGACUCCAGUCAACACAUCUUCUACUCUUAGAAUCUCCACUCAGAGAGAUUACAAUGGAUUAAUUUUUAGAUGUGAGGCUGAGCUGCACCUCAGACCCAAAGGACCAAAGUUCCCCCCUAAUGUAACCUCACCACCUUACACUGCUGUUGUUCUCUAUAAGCCAUUAAUGAAAGCUUGUCCAGACCACGUCACUGUUGUUGAAAAUGCUGCCUUCAGCAUUGACAUGUUACCUUGUCAACCUGAUGGGAACCCUCCUCCCACUGUUCAGUGGUUCUAUGAGGAGAAACUCAUCAAUGCAUCUAAGUCACUGACCAGGACUGACUCUGGAAAGUACACGGCUGUAGUUGAAAACAGUCUUGGCAGAAGCAACACCUCAGUUCAUAUCACAGUGGAACUCAGUCCUUCUUUCACCUGCAAAGAGCACUAUGAGGUCACAGUGAAUGAUAAACCUCAAAGUAUCUGUGAACCAGUAGGAUUACCUACACCCACCCUCACCUGGUUUAAAGAUGGCCAACAGGUGGUUUCCCCACAGCGCUGGAAAAAGAAUGAUAGUGGAAAAUACUUGCUUAAUGCACACAACACACAUGGAACAGCUGAACAUACACUGUAUCUUGAAAUUUUGUAUGCCCCUGAGUUCAAGGGAGGAAACGAAAGCAAGGAGGUGCUCCAGGGUGAGGAUGUUACUUUAAGCUGUAGUGCUGACAGUAACCCACCCUCAAACAUCAGAUGGAUCUACACGGCUGCUGUGAAUUCAAAAGAGACCACUGAGGGGCACCAGAAGAUUAUCAGUAUCACUAAAGCCACGUCUACCAAUGGUGGUUAUUACAUUUGUGUUGCAGAGAAUAAAGCUGGGAGAAAUACAAGAUUUGUCAGACUGGUGAUAAAAGGUAAAACCAUUAAAAUCCCCUUACCUAUCAUUUGGGUUUUGCUCGCUCUAUUGAUCAUCGGUCUGAUCGUCCUGGUGGUCUGUUGUCACAAUCAGCGGAAAAAACGUGGACACUACAAUUUUGUUCCUGAUGAAAUGGCACAGACAUCUCUUUGAGUUCUCCACAAUCCAGUGGCAAUGCUUAGGAUAUUCACUGCACAAUUUAAAUAUGUGUAACCUAAUCAUUUGGUCUAGCAUGUAAAAGUUGUCAGAAAAGUUCCGUGAACAUAUUUUUAUUUUAAAACAUCUCUAACUUCAUAUGCUUGAAAACAAACAGUAGAAAAAAUAAUGCAUUGUACUUGUUUGCUAAACACAGCUAUAAAGAAGGAAAUGCAGUUAUUCUUUUAUGUGUUGUGUUUUAAUUAAAUUCUUUACAUAUGU